AUGCUUCAACAGAAAAAUCCCGGGACGUUGACAGAUUUUGUCACUGAGGAAGAUCGAUUCAAAUAUUGCUUUUUCUCACUCGGAGUUAGUAGAAGAGGGUUUCGUACAUGUCAUCCUGUGUUAUGUGUGGACGGUACCUUUUUAAAGACAAAAUACGGUGGGCAGAUGUUAUGUGCAGUCGCGCUGGAUGCAAAUAACCAUCUAUAUCCAGUUGCAUUUGGUAUUGUGGAUAGUGAGAAUCAUGAUUCUUGGAAGUAUUUCAUGUCAAAGCUAAAAGAAGCGAUUGGGGAAGUCGAGGACCUAGCGUUUGUAUCUGACAGGAAAUUCGAGUUCCACGCUAACUUCGAAAAAAUCAAAUCAAAAGACUCAGCCAUUGCUCAAUACCUAGAAGGAAUGGGUUUUGAUAAGUGGUCCCGUGCUUACUUUCCUGGAAAUAGGUAUAAUAUAAUGACAAGCAAUUACGCUGAAAGUUUCAACAAUAAGACCCGGGACGCUAGGAGCUUUCCGAUAACUACAUUCGUCGAAUUUAUUCGCUUCACACUACAGUCCUGGUUCUGUAAUAGGAGAGAAACUAGCGAGAAGACAACUACCACUCUUGCACCGACCUAUGAGAAAAAAUUGGUGGAUAUGGCUGAGAAAGCUCGAUUCUUGAUUCCUUAUGCAAUAGGGAGGCAUGAGUUCCAUGUGUUAGAUGGUGAGCUGAAUGGUGAAGUCGACCUCCUGAAUAAGACAUGCACAUGCGGUGUGUUUCAGAUUAUUGGUAUCCCAUGUGCUCAUGCACUAUCUGGAUCCCUUAAGCGAGGGGUGAACUUUUAUUCGUUGUGUUCAGAUUACUAUAAAAUUGAGACAUGGAGGUCCUCUUACACAGAAUCUAUAUAUCCUACUGGUAACGAGGAAGAGUGGAUUGUUCCACAUGACAUUAUGACAAUAACAGUGAGAACACCUGCGCAGAAAAACCCGGUUGGUCGUCCAAAGAAGAAACAAGGUAGGCCUAAGAUGAAACGCCAUCCUUCCAAUGGAGAUAAAUUGGUUGUUCCACGCAAGUGCAGCACUUGUGGAGGUCUAGGCCAUAAUAAGGCAACUUGUAAAGUUCGUGUUUGA